CGGCCCAGCACCUGCUGCCCUCGCCCCGCCCGGGGCGCCGCGGCCAUGCGGCUGGCGCUGCUCUGGGCCCUGGGGCUCCUGGGCGCGGGCAGCCCUCUGACCUCACGGCCCCUCGCAGAUAUCGGUGGCACUGAGGACGAGCAUGCAAGGCCAGAGAGGGCCCUGGGUGGACCCUCGGAGCCCCAGAUCCUUCCUGACCACCCCAUGCUCAGCCUAGCAGAGAUGCUUCAGACCAAUCUUCCUGAGGCCUUUCGGAUCAAAUUAGAAUUGGAUGGUGACAGCCAUAUUCUGGAGCUGCUACAGAACAGGGACCUAGUCCCAGGCCGCCCGUGGCUGAUGCGGUACCAGCCUGAUGGCAUCCGUGUGGUCAGUGAGGGACACACUCUGGAGAACUGCUGCUACCAGGGAAGGGUGCAGGGCCAUGCGAGCUCCUGGGUCUCUGUCUGCACCUGCUUGGGGCUCAGGGGUUUGGUGAUCCUGUCCCCAGAGAGAAGUUAUAUGUUAGACCUUGGGCCUGGGGACCUGCAGGCCCCCCCAAACAUCUCCCGGAUCCAGGACCUCUUCCUGCCAGGCCACACCUGUGCCCUGAGCCGGCAUGCAUCUGGGCCCACUCAGGCUCCCCUGGAGCAGCCCCCGGAACAGCACCACAGCUGCACUCGGCGGCGGCGGGACGUGGUGGCAGAGACCAAGAUUAUUGAGCUGGUGAUAGUGGCCGAUCACUCUGAGACACAGAGGUACCCGGACUCCCAGCAGCUGCUGAACCGCAUGCUGAAAGUGACCUUCCUCUUGGACACAUUCUUCCGGCCCCUGAAUGUCCGGGUGGUGUUAGUGGGCCUGGAGGCCUGGACCCAGCGCGACCUGGUGGAGAUAAGCCAGGACCCAGGCCUCACACUGGACAAUUUCCUCCACUGGCGCCGGGUGGACUUGCUGCCUCGACUGCCCCAUGACAGUGCCCAGCUGGUGACUGCUACUUCAUUCUCUGGGCCCACAGUGGGCAUGGCCGUUCAGAACUCCAUCUGUUCUCCUGACUUCUCAGGAGGGGUGAAUAUGGACCACUCCACCAGUGUCCUGGGAGUUGCAUCCUCAAUAGCUCACGAGUUGGGCCACAGCCUGGGCCUGGACCACGACUUGCCCGGGAACAGCUGCCCUUGCCCCGGGCCGGCCCCUGCCAAGAGCUGCAUCAUGGAAGCUUCCACAGACUUCCUGCCGGGCCUGAACUUCAGCAACUGCAGCCGGCAGGCCCUGGAGAAAGCCCUCCUGGAUGGAAUGGGCAGCUGCCUCUUUGAACGGCUUCCCAGCCUGCCCUCUAUGGCCACUGUGUGCGGAAAUAUGUUUGUGGAGCCUGGAGAACAGUGUGAUUGUGGCUUCCCGGACGACUGCACUGACCCCUGCUGUGACUACUUCACCUGCCAGCUGAGGCCAGGGGCACAGUGUGCAUCUAAUGGGCUCUGCUGUCAAAACUGCCAGCUGCGCCCGGCUGGCUGGCAGUGCCGUCCUGCCCGAGGGGACUGCGACUUACCCGAGUUCUGUCCAGGAGACAGCUCCCAUUGCCCUCCUGAUGUCAGCCUGGGUGACGGCGAGCCAUGUGCAGGGGGACAGGCUGUGUGUGUACAAGGGCGCUGUGCUUCCUACGCCCAGCAGUGCCAGGCUCUCUGGGGACCAGGGGCCCAGCCCACUGCACCACUUUGCCUCAUUGCUGCCAAUACUCGAGGGGAUGCAUUUGGGAGCUGUGGGCGCAGCCCUAACGGCAGCUACAUGUCCUGUGCCCCUAAAGAUGCCAUGUGUGGACAGCUCCAGUGCCAGGGGGGUCAGGCCCAGCCUCUGCUGGGCUCAGCCCGGGAUCUGCACUGGGAGGUGCUAGAAGCCAACGGGACCCAGCCAAGGCUGAACUGCAGCUGGGUCCACCUGGACCUGGGUGACGAUGUGGCCCAGCCCCUCCUGGCGCUGCCUGGCACAGCCUGUGGUCCUGACCUGGUAUGCAUUGACCAUCAGUGCCAGCCCGUGGACGUCCUGCGUGCCCAGGAAUGUCGAAGCAAAUGUCACGGGCACGGGGUCUGUGACAGCAAAGGACAUUGCCACUGUGAGGAGGGCUGGGCCCCCCCUGACUGCACCAGCCAUGUCAGAGCAACCAGCUCCCUGACCACAGGGCUGCCCCUCAGCCUCCUGUUGGUAGUAGUCCUGGUACUGCUUGGUGCCAGCUACUGGCACCGUGCUCGCCUGCGUCAACGACUCUGUCAGCUCAAAGGGCCCAGCUGCCAGUACAGAGCGGCCCAGUCCGGUCCCUCAGAAUGCCCAGGACCCCCACAGAGGGUCCUGCUGAUGCCAGGGGCCAAGCUGCAGGCCCAGAAGCAGAAUCCAGCCUGGAGUGGGGAGGGGCAGUCACCUAGGAGGGUCUGCUGAGUCCUUUGAGCUGGCCAAGCUGGUGGCUUUGAGAGGUGGGUCUGUGGGUGCUCCCAGCAGGGGCCCCUGGAGGAUGCGGGGCUCAGAAAUGGCCUUCAGUGUGCCACUACCUGCUGAGGCCCAGGUCACCAUGUGUAGAAGGGCUGCUGCACGCCCCGCAAGCCCUCUGGAGCUGAUGACGGGGUAUGUGUGUGGAGGUGGUCUGCAUGCUCACCCCACCACUGGUCACCCCCUCUGCAUGCAACUGAAUAACCGCAUGCACAGUCUCCACCUCCCCUGGGGCCCUGGCUGCCCCUCCCCAGGCACUAACCCCUCUCUGCUCACAUCUCUCUGCUCCCUCUCCCCUCCCCCAUCCCACCCUGCCUGCCUGCUCCUCCUGCUCUCUCAGCAGGCUGGUAUUCUUGGCUUCCCAGCACCCCCCUCCAGACCGCUGCCUCCUGACCCUGUGCCCAAGAGACUCCAGGUAAAUCCAGGCCAGGCCCCGCCCUGACCCAGGGCAGGUGGGAGGCUUGGUGCCCAGCUGCAGUUCCCACCCCUGUCCCCUGCCAGUAGCGCUCUCUGUGAGGGGACCAGGGUGCCCCUUGGCCUGCAGAUACAGCCCCAGCAGCAGCAAAGGGUGAGCCUCCUGCCUUGUUUUCUACCACCACCUGGUGGUCAGUGGCAGGACUGCAGCCGGCCCGGGACACCGCUGUGACCCAUCCCUUCCUCCCCUGAGGCUUCUGCUGGCAGAACCCCAAGCCUUGUGCUCAUGUCCCCAUUCUCUCCUGCCCCCUGGCUGACUUUGCAUGUUGAACUGAACCCCUCAAGAAAACCACUGCAUGCUCACUUGCCCCUGGCCAUGCUCUCACAGCACUGCCCAUCUCUCUGUCCAGGCUGAGCUGGCUGACCGGCCCAAUCCCCCCACCCGCCCUCUGCCCGCUGACCCGGUGGUGAGGCACCCGAAGGUAACAGUGUGGGGAGAGAAGGGUGCAGCCUCUCCCCCACCCAGAGCUGUGGUGCUUAUUGUCCUGGC